AUGUUGGCCGAGCUGACAACUUCAGGCGAUGAUAACUAUCCGCGGUGCAGACAAUGUGAACGUCUGGGGGGCAAAUGCCGGAGGGCGAAGGGCAAACUCAAGUUUCGUCACGGCUCCAGUGCUCGAUACGAUGCGACCUUUUCUAAAGAUCAAACAUGGCUCGAGCAGACCAAAAACGCCAAGUUUCAAUUCGUCGAUCAAGGUCCGGAGUUGGAGAACUACUAUUCUCAAGAUGAUCUCGCGUUCAACAACACCAACCCUCCAGCUCCAGACCAGAAGCAGGAAGACCUGCCCGUACCGUCGAAGCGAACCGAGCCCCCCGGCAAUGCAGAAGGGCCUGCGACAGCCCACAGCGCGCCCACUGAAGGCAGAGCCCCUUUCUUAUCUCCUUCCAGCACCAAUCUUGAGACCCUUCCGGUUCAAUCGCCCUUCAAAAGAAGACGAACAGCAGACACCACUAUCCAGCAAUACCACGUGAGCGCGGAAACAUGGCAACGAGGUGCCUAUGACCCCAUCCGUUCUCAAUAUCGAGUGUAUCAUCCUCCCAAGGUGCUCAACUCGGUGGGUCCGAACGGUUUUGCCUACAUGUCUGAACAGCAGUAUGUCCCCAAAGUGGUGGAGGCCGAGUACCGCCGUCUGGCGGAUUCCGCUGCCGCCACGAUCCCUCCGGAGUCCUUACUGUCGCCGGCCAUCUGGAAGGAAGAGUUCUACUGGCCCAACAAAUUCACCACCACACAGUGUGCUUGUCUGAUGCGAUACUAUAUCGACCAUCUUGCCUCUUGGUUUGACGUGGGGGAUCCAGCCAGACAUUUUACGCUUUCUGUCCCCCAACGAGCGCGAAGAUGUCCACCCCUGUUGAAUGCCAUCUUCACAGCGGCCUCCCGCCAUCUAGCCUCUCUGCCACAAUACAAAACCCAUGAUGGGAUCGUCAAAUAUCAAGACGUCCUCCUUCCCAAACUCACCGAAGAGUCGGCCCUCAAAUACCACAACGCGUGCAUCGCAUACCUGAUCAAAUUGUCGGGUGAUCCGGAGCAUGUCCGCGAUGAGAACCUCCUGGCCGCGGCGGUUAUCUUGCGAUAUUAUGAAGAGAUUGACACGUCGUUUACGGGGGAAGAUAGCGAGACGUUCCUCCACACCUUCCAAGUGUUUGUCAAGGCGCAAGCGAAUCCAUACGCAUGUCUACUGAACGAUGGCGAGCAUCCGGAGUACUUACGACCGGGGUCGGCCACGGGUGUGAUCAAAGACAAUGCCAUUACUUAUCUCAAGAGUUUCCAGCAUGCCGCGUUUCGGAUCGCUUUGAGGCAAGAGACGACCACGGCCUUCCUCAAGCAACGGUCGGUCCGUCUGCCGCUGGACUCGUGGUCCAUCCUCCAGGGGUUUGACGAGGCCGAAGACUUUGUGUGGUCGGAUCGGCAUUUAUAUCAUUGUGCGAACGUGCUGCAGUUCUGCUUCGGGAGCGACAAUGGUUCUGGCCGGUCGCAGAUCGAACGAUGGAACGAGCUGCGGCAGUAUCAGCUCCACUGGGAUCAAGUCAAGCCAUUGUCGUUUUCACCCAUCCACUACCAGGACCCCGACCGGUCGAAAGGGGAAUGUUUCCCUCAUAUCUGGUAUAUGGCCGAAGUGCAGGUGGCCGGGAUGAUGUUUCUGGAUCUCGCCCGGAUCCUGUUGACCGUGUACAACCCCAACAUUCCUCGAAUCGGACCGGGUGUCAUCACGGCACAAAAGCGCAUCGUGGAGGAAGUGCACGAUAUUGUGAUCCGGUUGUGUGGCACGGCCAUGUCGAAUCCGUCGUCCCAGCCGGCCAUGGUGCAGGCAUACAUGGCCAUCGCUGUCUGUGGGGAGUAUUUCUCGGAUCCUGCGGAACAGAAAGCGCUGCUGGGGAUUCUGGACAGGUUGAAGAACGAACAAGGCUGGCCGACGGGGAAGACUGCAAUGGAGUUGAAAAAGGAAUGGGGAUGGACAUGA